GAUGGGACGCAUCCGCGGAAAUGGCAGGUUCAACAUGGCUAAACUUAAUUGACAUCUUUAUCAUUUCAUUUUGAGGCUAAUUAGAAGACCACGCGAAGACUGCUUCUUCACUACACUAAGGAAUUUCAGUUUUGAGGGCCAGAAUACUUGGAAAUGAAGGCAGUCAUUGUAGUGCACGGUGGUGCCUGGGCUAUUCCAGAGGAGCUGGCCAAAGGAAGUGUGGACGGAGUGAAGACCGCAGCCCGGCUCGGCUUUGGGGUCCUGCAGGCGGGAGCCUCGGCCCUGGACGCAGUGGAGACAGCAGUGAGGGCGCUGGAGGAUAACCCGGUGUUUGAUGCAGGUCACGGCGCGGUGCAGAAUACGGCGGGAGAGGUGGAACUGGACGCCAUCAUUAUGGACGGAAGCACCCUGGCCUCUGGCGCUGUGUCCUCUGUGAGAAACAUCGCCAACCCCGUCACGCUGGCCCGCGCCGUCAUGGAACAGACAGACCAUCUCAUGCUGACGGACCGGGGCGCUAACCUGUUCGCCGAGAGGAUAGGCACGCUGACCGUCCCCACCGACGCCCUGGUGACCGAGACAGAGAGAAGAGAGUGGGAGAGGCAAAAGAACUAUUCGGCCGGCGUGAAGGAACUUUUCAACAAGCAAUGGGUCCAUGAUACGGUUGGUGCAGUGGCUUUGGAUUCCAAUGGCAAUGUUGCCUGUGCAACAUCAACUGGUGGAAUUAGACACAAAAUGGUGGGCAGAGUUGGAGAUUCUCCCAUUAUAGGGUCAGGGGCCUACGCUGACAACCAGAGUGGUGCCGUAUCGUGCACAGGCCACGGAGAGUCCAUUUUGAAAGUCACACUGGCCAGACUCGUUCUCUUCCACAUUGAACAAGGCAAGGCGGUGUCUGAGGCAGUGGAAAAGGCUCUUCAGUACAUGGGCGAGCGAGUCCAAGGUGGAGGGGGCGCCAUCGCCUUGUGUCCCUCUGGGAAAUGGGCAGCCAAGUUCACCACGGAGCGCAUGGCCUGGGCGUGUGUGGACGGAGACGCUCUGCACUACGGCCUGAAUCCACAAGAGGAGUUCAAGGAGACCAUCUGAAGGACGUCAGCGGAGACCGCCUGGUCAUCCUAACGCCGCCGGACCUAAAGCUACUAAACUGCCUCUUGGAAUGUCAAGAUUUCAAGUCCUGUGUUUUCUUCCAGUGAUCCAUAAGACUGUGGAGAUACUUUGCAUAUUGCUGUUGUUAGUGGUAUAUUAGUAAAUGAUCUACUCUGAUUGCAGUAUUGUGUUUUGUGAUUGUGAGUUUUGCAUUGGCUGUUAGUGAAACACAAAGGUAUAAGGGACCCCUGCUGGAUGAUAUUUCAUUUAAUUUACAUUUCUGAUUAACGGAUCAUGUGUAAGGUACAGGAUGUAGCCUAACAUGAAUGCUGUAGAUGUUUUUUUAUAUAUACGUACGUAUUCAAAUGAACUUAAAUGGAUUGCUGGUGACUUGAUCAUGAAUUUGGCUUCUUUGUUCUAAUGAAAAAAAUGUUUUCAAGCAUCAGUAUAACUGACCAUAUUUUUUAAAAGUGUUUCUGUGGAAAAUGUAUUUUAUUUACUUCUGUCAGUGUCAAAGCAAAGCUGAGAAUGCGGGUAAAACUGAAGUCUAUAUUAUUGUGCUGCUUUUUCUGAUCAAGCUUUGUAAAGUUUUCCAGAUAGAGCAAAAUAACAACUGUAUGUUUUGUAUAGUGCAUACUCACUGUUCUUGAUGGUUAGUUGCUCGUUGGUAAAUAAAACACAGUGAGAGA